GCCAAGGUGCGGGGCGCCCUGGAGCCGCCGGCCUCGGUUGCGGAGGGUGUGUCAUUCCUGACCAUCGCCGACGCCUUCACGGAAGCCGGCGAGAGCCCCGCCCCGCCGCCCUCCGGGCUCAAUAGGAGGUUCAUCUGCUCCUUCCCUGAUUGCAGCGCCAGUUACAACAAGGCCUGGAAGUUAGACGCGCACCUGUGCAAGCACACGGGGGAGAGACCAUUUGCUUGUGACCAUGAAGGGUGUGGCAAAGCCUUUGUCAGGGACUACCAUCUGAGUCGCCACAUCCUGAUUCACACGGGGGAAAAGCCAUUUGCUUGUACAGCCAGCGGUUGUGAUCAAAAAUUCAACACAAAAUCAAACUUGAAGAAACAUUUUGAACGUAAACAUGAAAAUCAGCAAAAACAAUAUGUAUGCACUUUUGAAGGUUGCAAGAAGGCCUUUAGGAAACACCAGCAGCUGAGAAUCCACCAGUGCCAGCACACCAACGAGCCGCUGUUCACGUGUGCCCAGGAAGGAUGUGGCAAACACUUCGCCUCACCCAGCAAGCUGAAGCGACACAGGAAGGUCCAUGAGGGCUAUAUGUGUCAAAAAGAAUGUUCCUUUGUGGCAAAAACAUGGACAGAACUUCUAAAACAUGUGAGAGAAACCCACAAAGAGGACAUAAAAUGUGAAGUAUGCCAGAAAACAUUUAAGCGCAAGGAUUACCUUAAGCAGCAUAUGAAAACUCAUGCCCCGGAAAGGGAUGUAUGCCGGUGUCCGAGGGAAGGCUGUGGUAGGACCUACACAACCGUGUUUAACCUCCAGAGCCACAUUCUCUCAUUUCACGAGGAAAGGCGCCCAUUUACCUGUGAACAUCCUGGCUGUGGCAAAACCUUCGCAAUGAAGCAAAGUCUCACUAGGCAUGCCGUCGUGCAUGACCCUGAUAAGAAGAAAAUGAAGCUCAAAGUAAAACCCUCUCGUGGAAAACGGAGUUUGGCCUCUCGUCUCAGUGGUUAUAUUCCUCCUAAAAGGAAGCAAGAACAAGGCUUAUCUGCACCUAAAAACGGAGAGACCCUGAACUGUACUGAAGACCAGGUACUCUCCACUGCUGCGGCCCUACCCUCAGCCGAACCUCACCCUGCUUUGUUUAAAUGACGCGCAGCAGCCAGCUCAGUGACUUCCGCUCAGAAGCACAUUUUUCUUUAUUAAAAUCACUGAUGCACAACA